AUGGCCACCGGCGACCUGCGCAGCCUCGUCGCCGUGGCGGCGGCGGUGUCCGUAGCCAUGUGGUACGUCCGCCUGGCCUCCCGGCGCCUCCGCCCCGGCCUGCCCCGCCUCGUGGCGUUCCUCCCGGUGCUCGCCGUCCUCCCGGUCCUCCCGCUCGCCUUCCGCGCGGUCCACCCCCGGGCCAUCUCCGGGUUCUUCCUCGCCUGGCUCGCCGAGUUCAAGCUGCUGCUCCUCGCCGCGGGACAGGGCCCGCUCGACCCGUCCCUCCCGCUCCCCGCUUUCGUUGCCAUUGCCAUCUUCCCCGUCAGGCAGCGUGAUCCCACCACCAAGAACGCCACGGGGUCCGGCCUCGCCCCCGUGACCUCCGCCGUGAUGGCCGCGCUGCUCGCCGCCAUCGUGUCGCUGUACCGGCACAAGGAGCGGAUGAACCCGUACGCCCUGCUCGUCCUGUACUCGCUGCACGUGUACCUCGCGCUGGAGCUCGUCUUGGCGUUCGCGGCGGCGGUGGUGCGCGCGGUGAUGGGGAUGGAUCUGGAGCCGCAGUUCGACCAGCCCUACCUGUCGGCGCACCUGCGGGACUUCUGGGGCCGGCGGUGGAACCUGUCGGUGCCCGCGGUGCUCCGCCCGUGCGUGAGCCGCCCCGUGCGCGCGCUCGCCGGCGGCGGCGCCGCCGGCGCCGCGGCAGGGGUCCUUGCGGCGUUCCUCGUCUCCGGCGUCAUGCACGAGCUCAUGUUCUACUACAUCACGCUGCACCCGCCGACGGGGGAGGCGACCGCGUUCUUCGCGCUGCACGGGGCGUGCGCGGUGGCGGAGGGGUGGUGGGCGGCGCACAAGGGGUGGCCCCGGCCGCCGCGCCCCGUCGCGACCGCCCUGUCGCUGGCGCUCGUCAUGGCGACGGGGUUCUGGCUCUUCUUCCCGCCGAUCACGAGGCCGGGAGCCGACAAGAUGGUGAUCGCCGAGAGCGAGGCGGUCGUCGCGUUCGUGCGGGACGCCGGCGGCUGGGCGGCCGCCACCGUCCGGUCGGCUUUGACCGGCCGCUCGUAGUUUGAUACGACGGCUGCAUCUCUCGAUCAUCACUAUCCAAAAUUCCAAAGGCGAAGGAUCCCCUGCAAGCGAGCAGAUUGACUAGAAGUGGCGGCGUCGCCUCCUUUUGUGAAACAAACUGUACUGAUGCCAUGUAGUCCUUCGUGAUCGUAUAUUCCUCUCGACUACAAAAAGGAAAAUGGUACU